UUGGAUGACGUCACCCCACGUCACGUGAUCUGAAUAGAUGUUCUGUCAUGGUAGCACAGGGCUGAAAAGGAGCAUAAACAAUAUUUUCCUCACAAUUGUAUUGAUUAUAUUCGAGAUUUGAAUUGGUGUAGAAUGAAGGCGUUGGUACGUCUGAAUAAGUCAGACUGUGUUUCGGUAACUAGAUUAGUCCAUAAAUGUUUAGAUUGACAGUUAAAUGGCUUGUUUUAGCGUUAGCUUUAAGCUCAUAUCUGUCUAAUCUCUGCUAGUUUCUUCUGUCAGAGGCCACAGUGGGCAGCUAGCUAAGCUAAGCCGAGCUAAGCUACGCUAACGACAAUGCAAGUUGAAACAGCGGGAAUGCGAAUUUCUGAAAGUGAAGGCAAGCUCGAUGUUCACACGCAGAGCUCUUUCAGGACAACCUCUAAAAGUUGGCAGUACAGUGCUGCCUCAAUGUGGGUGCCAUCUUCCACUCGCCUUCACGCAGGAAUAAUGUCGUGUUAUCGAAGCCCUGUACAAAUGCACGUGAUCACAUGGAAAAUGUUGAUGGAUAUCUAAUGAAGUACACAAAUCUGGUAACAGGAUGGCAGUAUCGAUUCUUUGUAUUGAACAACGAGGCAGGGCUGCUGGAGUAUUUUGUGAAUGAGCAAUCACGACACCAGAAGCCCAGGGGCACGUUGCCUUUAGCAGGCGCUGUCAUCUCCCCGAGCGAUGAGGACUCGCACACCUUCACGGUCAAUGCUAUCAGCGGGGAGCAGUACAAACUCAGAGCUGCUGAUGCUAAAGAGAGGCAGCACUGGGUGAGCAGGCUGCAGAUCUGCACACAACACCACACUGAAGCCAUGGGCAAGACUAACCCACCACUAAAGACUCGCAGUCUGUCCACGGCCUCUCAGGGCAGUUCUAGUUCCCCUGGGUCCCAGCGCAAAAUCAGCCAUAACACCGGCUCCCUGUUGGGUCUGUCUCAGUUCCACCGUGGCUCCUCCAACUACUCCUCCAGCAAGCGUUCGGUGCUGCGUGACCACCUGGUGGAGGCUCGGGAGAUGAUGACCCAGGCACAAGACCAGCACAGAGACCUAGUACAGUGCAUUGAAGGCCUGCCGGCCAGCCACAAUCCCUCUCCGCUGGACCAGGACCUCCUGCUGCUCAAAGCCACCUCUCUGGCCACAAUGUCCUGCCUUAGUGACUGCCUGCACAUCCUGCAGCUUCAGCAAGUGGCCCGGCACAGCGUUCCACUCGGAGGGCCGACCAUCGAAUGGCUGGAACCCAAACUGCUGGACCCUGUGAAGAAUGGUGGCACUCUGGCUAGCAUCGCCAAAGACAGCAGCAAAAUGCAGGGCACGGCUGUAGAACCUGCUGAAAUGGACGCCUGUGACAUUGCUGGGGAGCAGGAAGACAUUGAUGCAGAAGAGGAGCAGGAAGACUCCUUUCCAGCUGAGGAAGAGGAUUUGGGAGCCGUGGAGGAAGAACGUAGUGUCAUCCUGCAUCUUCUCUCUCAGCUCAAACUGGGCAUGGACCUUACCAGGGUGGUCCUUCCUACGUUUAUCCUGGAGAAACGCUCUUUGCUGGAGAUGUACGCUGACUUCAUGUCUCACCCAGACCUUUUUGUGGCCAUCACAGAUGGCACCAGUCCUAUGGACCGUAUGAUCAGAUUCGUGGAGUAUUACCUCACUUCCUUUCACGAGGGCCGCAAGGGCGCAAUUGCCAAGAAGCCCUACAACCCAAUCAUUGGUGAAACAUUCCACUGCUCCUGGAGAGUGCCAAAGAUGGCAGUGUCUCAAGGAAGUGUUCAGAAAGAAGGCUCCAGCACAUCGGACUGCUACAACGUGAGAUUCGUGGCCGAGCAGGUGUCCCACCACCCACCUGUCUCGGGCUUCUACGCUGAAUGCCAGGAAAGACAGAUGUGUGUAAACACACAUGUGUGGACCAAAAGCAAGUUCAUGGGCAUGUCUAUCGGUGUUUCCAUGGUUGGAGAGGGUAAUCUGCACCUGUUGGAGCAUGGUGAAGAAUACACGUUCACUCUGCCAUCAGCCUAUGCACGCUCGAUCCUCACCGUGCCCUGGGUGGAGCUGGGCGGAAAGGUCAAUGUGAACUGCGCCAAGACGGGCUACAGUGCAGUCAUCACCUUCCAAACCAAGCCUUUCUAUGGGGGCAAGCUGCAUAGAGUGAACGCGGAGGUGAAGCACAACCCCACCAACUCUGUAGUGUGUCGCGUGCAGGGGGAGUGGAAUGGCAUGCUUGAGUUUACCUACAGCAAUGGUGAAACACGCAUCAUAGAUGUCCUCAAGCUUCCCAUCACCAGUAAACGAGUGCGGCCCAAAGAGCAGCAAGGGUCUUACGAGUCCAGGCGACUGUGGCAGCAUGUAACAGAGUCCUUGCUACAAAAAGACAUGGAAAAGGCCACGGAGCACAAGCGCUUCCUGGAGGAGAGGCAGAGGAAAGAGGAAAGACACCGCAUUGAGACUGAGACACCAUGGAGGACCAAAUACUUUGAAAGAAAAGGUGAAGGCUGGGUGUAUCAUAAACCACUGUGGAAAAGUCUUCCAGCACGGAGCUCCUCUCCUGCAGUGCUUCAGUCUAACCCCUGACCACAUCUCCAACUCUGAUCCCUCACCUGCAGGAGCCUGACCCCCCAGGGCUGUCUGUGGGGGUCUAUGCUCUCUCUUUUACAAAUGAAGAGGCACACACACACACACACACACACACACACUCUCUCUCUCAUUCUCUCUCUCUCUCCCUCACACACACACACACACACACACACACACACACACACACACA